GAAAUAGGUCCGAUUUUGAGUUUUCACACGCUGCGUUAAAGGCUGGAUUUGACAAUCAUAGGCAUGGCUAUUUUACACAACUUCCAGUGGGCAGUGUUCAGAUGGAUUCUUGUCUGUUUACCAGUCUGCUACAGCCAAAGCUCCGACACACUACCAUUAUCCGUUCCGAUGACUCCAGUCCACGUUUGGAUGGGAUCGUCGUCAGUUACACUACCUUGUUCAACCUCGGCCCCGCUCACCAACUCCCUCGAGCUGCGCUGGCAUCGGCCCGAUGGCUACAGAACACCGGUUCUGCUUUACGAGAACCAACAGGUUCAGCCAUCAUCAGCUGACCCUCAGUACAAGGACCGAGUGGCCCUGGUAGGGGACCCACAGAAGGGGAACUUCACCCUCCUACUGCAGAACGUAACACUGGCGGAUGGCGGGGUGUUUGUCUGCUUCGUUGCCGAGAAGGGGGACUACGGCAAAGAAAGUGUUGAACUCAUUGUCAAAGCGAUGGGGUCUCCUCCUCUCCUCUCUGUCAGGUUUACAAGUAGUGGACAGGUGAACGUUACCUGUUUAUCGCACGGUUGGUCUCCAGUACCCUCGCUUACCUGGAGAGACAGCUACAACAGAGAAGUAUCCACGGAAUCCACACAGAUUUCAGCAGAUGCCCAGGGGUUUAUGAGUGUCUCGUCAUGGGUGCUACAGCCCACCUCGGACUCUGAUUGGUUGUCGUGCUCUGUGGGCGUGUCUGAUGUGGAGAUGAGAGAGAGCAGGGUGUUAUUGCACGACUCUGAGCGUGGAGGAAACAACUCCUACUUUGGACAUUUUAUCACCGUGCUUGUGCUGUUCCUGCUCGUGGGCGUGGGCACAUUGGCUUUCCUGGCAUACCGAAAGUACAAUACACGAGACUAUGGUGCCGUAAAGACAACUGAUACAACAGAUGCAAAAGGAAUGCAGUUGCGCAAUCAGGAUCAGAUCACGAGAAUUGUGUUGGUGGGGAAGACUGGGGUGGGCAAGGGUUCUACGGGAAACACCAUCCUGGGCAAAAAGGUCUUCCAAUCACGUGGCGGAGGGGCUGCAUUCGGUAGUAAAAAGCAAGAACGUGAAGUGGACGGCAGAUGGCUGUCUGUGGUUGACACCCCAGACCUGUUUGGUAAAGUGAAACACAAGGACAAAAAGAUGGCAGAAUGCUUCGCUCUGUCCUCGCCAGGCCCCCAUGUGUUCCUCGUAGUUCUUCACGCAGGAAUGUUCUCCCAAGAGGAAGGUGAAACGGUGAAUAACAUCAAGAAGUUCUUUGGCAGCAAUGCAGACAGGCACACUAUUGCACUGUUUACUCAUGGAGACAAACUGGGGGGCAAAUCGAUCUAUGACUUCAUAAAGGACAGUGAGUAUGAGGGGCUACAAGGCUUGGUUUAUCAAUGUCUUGGUGGUUGCCAUGUCUUCUCGAACGAUGUAAAAUCUGAUCGCACCCAGGUGACUGCGCUGUUGGAAAUGAUUGAUAAGGUAAAAAAUAAAGAGGGAGGGCACUUUACAUCAGAAAGGUACAAGAAGGUUGAAGAGGAGAUUAAACAAAGGAGGAAAUAUUUGGAGACAGAUUUGACCACAUGGAUUGAGCAGCAGGUGUUGCAUGAGUAAGCUAACCUGCCUUUCAUGACUGCAAGUCUCAUUAGGCUCUUUUUCACUGCCUGUUUUUUACCCGGUACAGCUCGACACAGCACGACUCGUCCGCCGUUUCUUCUGUUUCGAUUAGUCAGGUUAUAGCACAACACAUCUCGAAACCCAGCCCUCAUUUUUUGACUGGCUGAACCGAGCUGAGUGGGUCUUUACCUGUCUACUACCCAGAAUCCUGUGCGUCAGCUUGUCCUCACCGGUGAAUCGAAAAAUAAUCAUGGCGGCCACCAGAUUAACUUUCUUCGAAUGCUCUUUAGUUUGACACUGUAUUACUCUGACAUUAAAAUCGAAGGUAGAAUGAUCCAAAGGUUGAAAGUAUCCAUUGUAGUAUCCAAAUAUCAUGUCGCGGAAACUAUUUAUAGCUUACUUUGAUAGAUGAGAUAUCUGUCUGCCUUACGUAAAGUCAACUAGCCUGCGUAAAGUAAUGCUAUGUGACAACACAAAAAACGCAACUCCAACCAUACUCUGGGUAACACGGUUUGUAACCGAGCUGGUUGAACAGCACCACUCAGCACAACACAACAUGGCACGGCACAGCCAUGUUGUAGGCCCUAUGGAAAAAAGCGUUUUAAGACUAUAUUCUGGCCUGGCAAACCAUCUACAUUUCAAAUUCCCCGGAAAAAGCGAACCAAUCAAUUUUAAGCAUUUCCAAGUGCUCGA